ACAUUCGUCUGCUAUGCUGUGCUCACACACCUAAAUUUUUUGGUAGUAUGUGUACUGUAUGUAUAUUUGUGGAGAAAAGCAUGAUAGAUAAUUGUUAAAAAUUCUGUGAAAUUAGAUUUUUAUAUUAAAAUCGAAGAUAAUUAAUGUCAUUGAAACCUUGUGUUAUUAUUUUUUUGUAAAAUUCCGUAAAAUAAAGUUGAUAAAAAAUUCAAGUUUUUUAUCUUGUAUAGUAAAUGCAAAAUAUCUGACAGUUUUAUUUGUUAUAAGGUUAUAAAAUAAUAUCAAUCAAUUACGAAGAAUCACCUAGACAAUAAAGCAAUGCUAUCGUUAGAUUGAAUUCAUUUGCCAUAAAUUUAAUUUAUUAAAGUAGGUAUUUGUUAUUACAACAUAACAUUUUUGCUAAACAAAAUGAUUCCAAAUCUUGUGAACAAAAUACGACAACUUUCACUAUGUAAAACAUCCAUUAUGGGUGUAUUAACUAAGUUACAAUGUCCACAACCUAUACAGCAUUCAAAUUUACAUAUUUCAUCUAUAAACUACCGACAUCCAUCAAAAGGUGAAAAAAAUCCAAAACACUUUCUCAGUUAUAACGAUGUAUUUUACCCUAUCCAAGAAAUUGGAGAAGAAAGAAGACCUGCUUAUGUGUGCCAUCAAAAAUGUAAUAUUAGAUACACUCCAAAAAAGAUGCAGUACGUAGCUUGGUUAGUAAGAGGAAUGACAGUCGAUGAAGCUAUAAAACAGCUUAGUUUUGUUUUGAAAAAAGGUGGUGCAAUUGUAAAAGAAACUAUUUUGGAAGCUCAAAAAUUGGCGGUUGAUCAGCAUAAUGUUGAAUUCAAAAGCAAUUUAUGGGUUGCGGAAUCCUUCUGUACAAAAGCUUAUGUAAUUAAGGGAUUACGACGACAUGCUAAAGGUCGACCAGGAGAAAUUAGAUAUACAUACUGUCACUACUUUGUACGCCUUGAAGAAGGUACUCCUCCUAAAGAUUAUUAUAAACUCAAUCCAAAAACACCAGAAGAACAAUUAGAGGAUUGGAAGAACAAGAUGAGAAUGCGUAAAGUUAUGAGAACUUUGUAAUUAUUGAUAUUUUGUACAAUAAAAGUAAAGGAAAUUCAUUGAUUCAUUUAUCUUUCAUUUCACUCUUCAGUAUAAUUAAAAAGCAUAUCUUAUUAAUUCUUCUUGGUUCAAAUAUAGAUUUUCAUUGUUAUUGAUACGAUUUUAAGUUAACAUUCAAAUCAAUUUAUACUAUUUCAAUUGAAAUUAAAUGUUAUUAUUCAAGAAAACAAAUUCUGAUUAAUGAUCGUUUAGCUCUAAAUUAAAUUUGAUAACCAUGGCAUAUAGAAAUUAGAGAUAUAAUGUUUUUAUUCAAAAUUUAUUCCACCCACUAUGACAUGUACAAUA